AAACCCUAUCCUCCCGCGGCUCGUUCAUUUGCUAUGGCGCCUCUUUGCACGUUCCCGUCUCCAAAAUUCUAAUUUCCCUUUGGCUUUCUUUCAGUAUGUUUUCUUCCUGCACAUGUAAUGGCUUCCAAUUGGACUCUUCAGCUACAUUCUCGUUCUUUCCAGCCAUCCGUAUGGGCUCGAAAGCCUCCUGCACUGUCCGGUAUAUUCGAACUCGGAAUUGGUUAUAAAUGCACUAGCAUUAGGUAUGAGCAUUUCAAUUGGAAUCGGCAUGGAAUGGGUCGCAAGUCUCUAAUUAGAGCGAGUUGGGGUUCCGGGAGCACUGAUUCUGGCCGAAAUGUCGAAGGUGAUGAAAUUGUUGUCAAGAGUACUUCUGUGGCUGUGGCUUCCAAAGAUUUCAUCGGGAAAAUGAAGGAGAUGACUAGUUCCUCGCCUCUAGGCGUUUUCGUGAUGAACAAAUGUACUGGAAAUGGGCUUGCAAUUGGGUUUUUCAUUGUAACUGCUUGUUUAGCAAUAGUUGCAAGAGUGUAUUUCAUGGGGAAGUCCGGGAACAGUCACUCCGGAUCAGUGGCUGAUCUUGUCAGGCGUGGUCAGCUAAGAUCUGACAGAAGAGGCAUUUCCAAGCCUUUAAAAUACAACGAUCCCUUUAACAACCCAUUGGUGAAGGUUGACAAAAGCAACUCGUCUGUUGAAAUGUGCGGAAAGGUUUAUCGGUUGGCCCCAGUUACACUUACCAAGGAGGAACAAAGUAUUCAUCAGAAACGGAGGUCCCGGGCAUAUCAGUGGAAGAGGCCAACCAUGUUUCUUAAGGAAGGAGAUUCAAUUCCUCCUGAUGUUGACCCGGAUUCAGUUAGGUGGAUUCCUGCAAACCAUCCUUUCGCAACAACAGCUAGUGAUAUUGACGAAGACUUAGCCCAGAACAACGUGUACCAAAAGCAUGGUGUUCCUUUCCGUAUUCAAGCUGAGCAUGAGGCUCUGCAGAGAAAGCUGGAAGCACUCCAGAAUGAACAGAAACUGAAUAAUUUAUUUAUAGAUCCUGGAAGUGCCAAGGAGUUUGAGAGGCCUUUUAAAUCAAAAUCCAAGUCAGAUGAACAAGUUGAACGGAGUUUUUCUGAUCACCAAGCUGGGGAGUCAAAGCCUCCAAACUCGGGACCUCAUCCAAGUUCCAUCGGUGGUGUUCAAUCAACAUCUGAUGAAGCACAGAAAUCCUGAGGCUUGCUGUAAAUAGGACCAUCUUUUUGCCAUUGGUUUUUUUUUAUCUGCAGAACGCAUGAAGUUAGUUGUUGAGGCGCUUACUGUAUAGUAUCAAUGCGUGCAGACUUGUUUCCGUAGGCUAUCAGUAGUGAAUGUAUUUCUGUGUUUUGAGGCAGAACUUUCAAAAAUAUGUACUUUUGUUGAAUUGGUAUAAUCGUUCAAUUCUCUGCCUUAUUGCA